GAGAGCUUUCAAAAGAAGGGCAGGGUGGGAUCGUAACUGCAUGACACCUUUGGUUAUCUUGGGUGUACUAUUAUUCAUGUUCAAUAGUUACGGCAUCCAUCAGUGGCCAACAAAGCCAGCCAGCCAGCCAGCAAAUAAGAAUACAAACGACGAAAGAGUAGCUGUGACCCAACAAUCACAAACGUCACAAGCGACAUAUACAUCGACCAAUGCCAGCAACAGCCAAACACGAACAAUCCUUGAUGUUCCUGCUAACCCGAAUCCCACCUGUCAGCGGCUGCAAGAAACUUUCGGUAUUGAUUUUGCUGCCGUAAGUGCCCCGCAUGCCUGGUCCUCCCACCUAGAUCUUAUCUUGGAGCGGAGCCAGCUUCCUGAAGACAAACAAUUUCAAGAGAAGGACCUCGUUGAGUGGGCGCUUCACCAAAUCACCCACCGGUUGCCACGAGGAGUCCAACACCUUCCUAGGGAUUGGUCGCCCAUGGAAAAAGUCCUUGAAAAGCUCGUUGCUAGGUACGAGCACUUAACAUCGCCCACCAAAACAAACACAAUACCCCCGCCCGUUACCAUUUUGGUCAUGGGGGGAUCUGUUACUAUGGGCGUCAACUGUUUUAGCCCGGGUUGGAGGGUAAGGUCGUUAAGGUGUGCCUGGCCCUUUCGAUUAGAGUCUUUCCUCAACCAGAUGGCCGGUUUCGGGGAGAUCUAUCAACGCUCCGACGAUUCCACCAAGCUCGUCAAGGUCAUCAACAAAUCCGUUGGAGGUGUCAAUUCCGACGUGGGGGAGACAAUAUUGCGGUACGAGAUUCUGGGACCGAACACAUAUGACGUGAUCAUCAACGCAUACGCUACCAACGAUAUGCAUAUUAAUACUAUGCAGGACGCCAAUAAGUCAGGUGCUGAUGCGUUCGGCGACUAUAUUAUGUCAAUCCAGCAAGAAUUUGUCCGAACAGCACUCUCCCUUGAAACGUCGUGCGAUAAUAAUGAUCGAGGGCACCACCAAUCGCCUUGGCUCUUGUUCCUCAACGAUUACCUUGGAAACGAACAAAGAUCCGUCUUGGCAACUACCGAAGGUGGACACGGCAUCGAUCUGUUGGCUUCCUACUACGGUUUUGGGGCAAUUUCCUAUCCCGACAUGGUCAGGGACUUGGUUUACGCGAACACCACCGAUCCAAAUUUCUCUCCAAAUCUAUGGCACCCACCUGGCAAAGUUGGCAUGCGCCGUGAGAUUCAUCAUACAGCAGUUUUCCAUAGAAUUGCCGUCUUUUUGGUGUCCUAUUACGCUUGGGUGGCAACCUCGACCUAUUGCGGCUUAGUGGUUUGGUCGCCGGACCAUAGUGUCUCUAUCCGCAACGGCCUUCCACCCCGUCUGACCAAGCACUUGGUGUUGGACACCAUAAGCGAGGAGUGGAAGAAUCACGAUCGCCUUCGUAGAGAUUCAGUGAAUUCCCCGAUAGCUGUCACUAACAUCUCAUCGGAAAACCCGUCGGAGACUCCGUGCGCAGCUUUGGCCAACCCCCGUUGUGCUUUGAGUUGGAUGAGCAAAUUGAAUUCUCUGUCAAAUAAUAACAUCGAAGAGUAUUUCGCCCCCUUUGUCCAUCAACCUUCUACAACCUGGACCGUGGUCGAUCAAGAUUCCAAACCCGGUUGGUCUCCCCCAUACGACGGCCUCGGACAGGCCUUGGUAUUGGACGUUCCUCUGACCAAAAGGCCCGUCCAGACAGUGGUCUUGUUCGUGAUGAAAAGCUACGGGGAAAAAUGGGAAAACUCCACCGCCUCGGUUGAAGUCUUGCAAACGACCUCCGAGGGUACAUCGUGGGAAUCUGUUUUGGGACCCCAGUUUGUUACGGGAUACCACGGCAAAAAGACAAGUGAGACGUAUACGGAAACAUUGGACCUAUCCCGUAUGUUGGCUCCUCCAUCAACACUUCGGAUUCGACUCUCGCUGCAAGGAGGACAUACCUUCAAGCUCAUGGGCAUUGCCGCCUGUGAUGCUGGUGGCGAUAGUACCCACCUAGUUUCCGGGAGCCGACCGGGUUUUCCACGUCAAUGUAGCAUUUAUCAGCGAGAGUCCGUAGUCAAGCAGCUUCCUGAGCAACAGUGCAACGAGGUGGCGUACUUUGAACAGGCUUGUAGUUUUACUAAGGCCACAACAAAGGGUUGCACCGAUCCACAUUGGGCUCGGGAGACGUAUGCCAAACGAAGGCGAGGUGAUGACCCCAAGUUUCGAGCUGUGUUUGUCGAUAGAGCUUGCACGAACGUCCAACGGGUUGCCGAUAUUCUCCGUGUUGGAACCCACGACGUGCAAAAGUACUCUUUUGGUGGCACAGGUUGCCAAAAAAACGUGACUUAUAACGAUUCUGAGCCACCCUUUGCGUCCGAGUCGGUGUGUAUCACGUCGCGUCCUACCAAAGAACUCAGCUCGGCAAAACUAUCUGCGGGAAUCACGGACGCGGAACUUCAAAUCCUUUCGGCAAAAACCCUUGAUGACGCCAUAGAUCGGGUUGGGAUGAAAAACAAGCCUAUUGAUUAUCUCUGGUUGGAGGGAGAUGUGUAUGAAUUCUUUGCCCCGGGUGCCGCGGACGAAACCCUCUCCCGUGUCAGGUACCUUGAAUUCCCCAUAGGUUAUGAAAAGGGUUCCUUCGAGGAGCUUGUGCUCCAGCGGUUGACGGAGCACAAUCUUGUUUGCUACUGGAGUGGCACCAAUCACAACCUCUGGAGGAUAACCGAUUGCUGGUUUUCUCACUAUACAACAAAGGCCUGGGCAAAGGUGGCAUGUGUUAGCGCAGCUCACGAUGACGCCAGAAUACUACUCGAGCGGAUGGAACUUGUCUUUGCUGAGACCCUCCUGAAGGACCAAGUAUUUGAGUGAAGACAUCUUCUCCUCCAUUGGUUUCAGCAGGGAGGUCCUAUACCUUGAACCACUUUCCGGCUAGUACCUUUAGAGGCUGAGCUGAUUUUGCUCUAGACGAGUAGUAGAGAGAUGACAGUGCUGGGGGCUACUACUAUCUAGUCCCAGUGCUUGUCACAGAUCCUUUUGAGAUUUAUUCGAUGAGCGUCGUGACGAGUACGUGUAGUACCUUCCUUGAUUCCUAUAGAGAUGGGUUUCCAUAUCUCAAUCGCUUCAAAACCUAGCCCUAGUAUAAGUGAAGUUAAGGUCGCUAGAAUCCUAGGCAAGCUAUAUUUCUAAUUCUGUGCUUUUAAUGUUUGCUGGAGUUCUCUCCAGUUUUUGCACCUGAGUCGAAGUCAGCCCCUACUGCGCAGCAACCCAAUCGCAAGCUCAAAAAAUCCACACCCAGUCAGCUACGCAAGGGAGAAAAUGCAACUGGGAGAAAUUGCAACUUUUCUACCAAAAACUACGUAUUUAACAAGUAAGKGACUAAAUUUGUACUUUAAUG